AUGGCCUCAAGGAGAUCUCGGACGAAAAGAACUACGCUCCUUUCACAUACUCGACCGCCAACAGUCAGAGCCAAACAUGCAGCCCUAUCGUCUAAAGCCACACGCAAUCUUAUUCGCGGCCAUCAUCGACUUCUCAAAGACCGGGCACAGGCUCUAAAAGCCAACGAUAAUCUUCUAAUUGAAAGGAUCGAUGCCCAAAUUCGAGAGAAUGGCGGCUUACAAGGCUAUCAACUUGCUAGCAGACUCGGACAGUCGCUAGAACGCGGUGGAGACUCAAGUAAAGCUUUAGUCGACUGGCUAAGUCCACAAUUAUCGCGGUUACAAGAUACGAAGUCUAAGCUUAGGGUGCUCGAAGUUGGUGCGCUCAGUACCAAAAACGCUUGCUCUAUGAACCACUCCCUAGAUGUCACCAGGAUCGAUUUGAAUUCUCAGGAGCCCGGGAUAUUAAGACAGGAUUUUAUGGAAAUGUCGCUCCCUCGUGACGCUGCCGAUCAGUUUCACAUUAUUAGCCUAUCUCUGGUUCUCAAUUAUGUCUCAGAUGCCAUUGGCAGGGGGGAAAUGUUGAAGCGAUGCGUUGCCUUCCUGAGAAAGUCCCCUCUGUCUGGGUCAUCCUUCCACAUCACACCUAAGUUGUUUCUAGUCUUACCUGUGGCCUGCGUCAAAAACUCGCGAUACCUCACGGAGUGCAGACUGCAGGACAUAAUGUCUAGCAUGGGGUUUGUUUUGGAAAAGAGCAAGGAGACUUCGAAGCUGAUAUUCCAGCUUUGGGAGCACAGCCAUGACUUCCAACCCGUGUCGUUCAAGAAAGAGGUUUUGAGACCAGGCAAAAUGAGAAACAAUUUCGCCAUUGUCGUCAAACGAUGA